UUAUCUAUGGAUUUCAUUAAAACUUUAUAUACAACGAUUUUCGUAUUGUAGAGAGUUUUUGAGAUUUAUAAUUUUCUAAUGUCAAAGUUUUCACUCAAAUAAGCGUUUGGAUUGUAUUUUAUUUUUGAAUAUUUUUACCUUUCAGCCACGAUGUCGUCUAUAGAACAGCCUUGCUACACUUUGAUCAACAUAUCUAGUGAUUAUGAAAUGCCAAACGAAAUGCAACUCAAGGCAGAUCUUGAAAAAGGCGAUAGCAAAACAAAAAUUGAAGCAUUGAAAAAAGUCAUUCAUAUGAUAGCCAAUGGAGAACGUUUGCCAGGACUGUUGAUGAUAAUAAUCCGUUUCGUCCUACCGUUACAAGACCAUACAAUCAAAAAACUACUUUUAAUAUUUUGGGAAAUAGUACCGAAAACUACACCAGAUGGUAAACUAUUACAGGAAAUGAUAUUAGUCUGUGAUGCAUAUCGUAAGGUAAAUAAAAAUGUAACUUUUUUUUAUAAUUUAAUUCACCUAUAAAAAAAUUUAUCAUAA